GACUUGAACCAAUGAAAGAAACAUGGCACUUCUGAAGAUAAAUGUCACUCCUCCCUUUUUAAUUGGAACUUCCACUUAGGACCUGUGUGUGACAUUUCACCUGUGAUCUGUACUUUCAGUAGCCACUGACUUUGAGUUACAGCAAGGUCUCUGAAGAUUUGUAUCAAAUGACGUCAAUGGCCAGCUUGUUUUUUUUUACUAGUCAAGCAGUAAAGCGAUUGUUGGGCUGGAAACAAGGUGACGAGGAGGAAAAAUGGGCAGAAAAGGCAGCUGAUGCUUUGGUGAAGAAGCUAAAAAAGAAAAAGGGUGCCAUGGAGGAACUGGAGAAAGCCUUGAGCAGUCCAGGACAGCCAAGUAAAUGUGUCACUAUUCCCAGAUCUUUAGAUGGACGCCUGCAAGUUUCUCACAGAAAAGGCUUACCCCAUGUUAUAUAUUGUCGCGUUUGGCGCUGGCCUGAUUUGCAGAGUCAUCAUGAGCUAAAACCGUUGGAUAUUUGUGAAUUACCAUUUGGAUCUAAGCAAAAAGAAGUUUGUAUCAACCCAUACCACUAUAAGAGAGUGGAGAGUCCAGUCUUACCUCCAGUAUUAGUGCCUCGUCAUAAUGAAUUCAAUCCACAACACAGCCUUCUGGUUCAGUUUAGGAACCUGAGCCACAAUGAACCACACAUGCCACAAAAUGCCACGUUUCCAGAUUCUUUCCACCAGCCCAACAACACUCCUUUUCCCUUAUCUCCAAACAGCCCUUAUCCCCCUUCUCCUGCUAGUAGCACAUAUCCCAACUCCCCAGCAAGUUCUGGACCAGGAAGUCCAUUUCAGCUCCCAGCUGAUACGCCUCCUCCUGCCUAUAUGCCACCUGAUGAUCAGAUGGGUCAAGAUAAUUCCCAGCCUAUGGAUACAAGCAAUAAUAUGAUUCCUCAGAUUAUGCCCAGUAUAUCCAGCAGAGAUGUUCAGCCUGUUGCCUAUGAAGAGCCUAAACAUUGGUGUUCAAUAGUCUACUAUGAAUUAAACAAUCGUGUUGGAGAAGCUUUUCAUGCAUCUUCUACUAAUGUGUUAGUAGAUGGAUUCACUGAUCCUUCAAAUAACAAAAGUAAAUUCUGCUUGGGUUUGUUGUCAAAUGUUAAUCGUAAUUUGACAAUUGAAAACACUAGACGACAUACUGGGAAAGGUAAUCUUGUCAUUUUCCUAUGUGUAAUUGAAUACAAUUUGUUGUACUUGCCAUGAACCAUUGUGAAAGGUGCU